GUGGAGCAGCAGCAGCAGAAGCGGCAGAAGGUCCUUGAGACGCCGAAGGAAGAGGACUUAAUUGAGCUCCUUCCCUUCUCUUCGGUUACUGGCGUUGCGGGGCAGCCUGUUGAAGACUUGUUGCCUACACCCUGAAAAUGCCCAAGAAAGGCAUAGACUACGGGGAACUACCAGAAUAUGAGAAGAGUCAAAUCAAAAGGACACUGGAGCUGGGCACCGUCAUGACAGUGUACAGCCUGAAAAAAAGUACUCCAGAGAGGAGGACUAUCCAGGUCAUUAUGGAGACCAGGCAGGUAGCAUGGAGUAAGACAGCUGACAAGAUAGAAGGAUUCUUGGAUUUGAUGGAAAUAAAGGAAAUCCGACCAGGAAAAAACUCAAAGGACUUUGAGCGUGGGAAAGCAUCAAGACAAAAAGAUGAACAUUGUUUCACUGUUUUCUAUGGUACUCAGUUUGUUCUCAACACAUUGAGUUUAGCAGCUGACUCCAAAGAUGAUGCUGAUAAGUGGUUGUGUGGGCUGAAUAUUUUACAUCAAGAAGCCAUGAAUGCUUCUACACCAGCAAUUACAGAGAGCUGGCUCAGAAAGCUGAUUUACUCUGUGGAUCAAUCCAGAAGGAACAGCAUCAGCCUUAGAGAGUUGAAGACUGUGCUUCCAUCAGUAAACUUCAAAGUGAGCAGUGUAAAGUUUUUGAAAGACAGGUUUGCAGAAAUAAAAGCUGUUAAAGAAGAACUUAGCUUUGAGCAAUUCCAUCUGUUCUACAAGAAAAUUAUGUUUGAGCAACAGAAAUCGAUUCUUGAUGAUUUCAAGAAAGAUUCUACUAUGUUUCUUAUGGGCAACACAGAUCGUCCAGAUGCCUCAGCAGUACAUUUACACGACUUCCAGAGGUUUUUGCUACAUGAGCAGCAGGAAACGUGGGCACAGGAUCUUAACAAAGUAAGAGAACGGAUGUCCAGGUUUAUAGAUGAUACCAUGAGAGAAACUGAUGAACCUUUUCUCUAUGUUGAUGAGUUCCUUACUUACCUUUUUUCAAAAGAAAACAGUAUCUGGGAUGACAAGUAUGAUGCAAUUGACCCUCAGGACAUGAAUAAUCCUUUGUCCCACUACUGGAUUUCUUCUUCGCAUAAUACAUACCUCACAGGAGACCAGCUUCGUAGCGAAUCUUCUCCCGAAGCAUAUGUCAGGUGCCUCCGAAUGGGAUGCAGAUGUAUUGAGUUGGAUUGCUGGGAUGGUCCAGAUGGGAAACCCAUCAUUUAUCAUGGAUGGACACGGACAACCAAAAUUAAAUUUGAUGAUGUUGUGCAAGCCAUCAAGGAGCAUGCAUUUGUCACAUCUGAGUACCCAGUGAUUUUGUCAAUUGAGGAGCACUGCAGUGUGGAGCAACAACGCUACAUUGCCAAAGUGUUCAGGGAAGUGUUUGGGGAUCAGCUUCUAACAAAACCUGUUGAAGCCAGUGCUGAUCAGCUGCCUUCGCCAACUCAGUUGAAAGAAAAGUUCAUCAUCAAGCAUAAAAAACUAGGACCAAAAGGUGAUGUGGAUGUCAAUACAGAAGAUAAGAAAGAAGAAAAAAAGCAACAAGGAGAACUCUACAUGUGGGACACUAUAGACCAGAAAUGGACUCGUCAUUAUUGUGCUAUAGCCGAUGAAAAGCUCUCAUUCAGUGAUGACAUAGAGCAGAAUACUGAAGAGGAACCAUCAAAGGACGUAAAGCGGACAGAGCUGCACUAUGGUGAGAAAUGGUUCCAUGGAAAAAUGAGAGAAGGAAGAAUGACAGCGGAAAAACUGCUCCAGGAAUAUUGUGCCGAAAUGGGUGGCAAGGAUGGAACAUUCUUAGUGAGGGAGAGUGAAGCUUUCCCUAAUGACUACACAUUGUCAUUCUGGAGAUCAGGUCGAGUCCAACACUGCCGUAUUCGAUCCUCAACUGAUGGAGACACCAUAAAAUACUAUCUGACUGACAAUCUCACCUUUGAUAGCAUCUGUGAUCUAAUUCAGCAUUAUAAAGAAGCACACCUGCGUUGUGCCGAGUUUGAACUACGUUUGACGGAUGCUGUGCCUAACCCCAAGCCUCAUGAAACCAAGAGCUGGUACUACAAUAACCUGAGCCGAGGGGAAGCAGAAGAUAUGCUGAUGCGAAUUCCUAGGGAUGGAGCUUUUUUGAUAAGGAAGAGAGAUGAGCCUGAUUCCUAUGCCAUGACCUUCAGAGCUGAGGGAAAGGUGAAACACUGCCGAAUCAAGCAAGAGGGACGCCUCUUUGUCUUGGGAACAUCAGCUUAUUUUGAGAGCUUAGUGGAGUUGGUGAACUACUAUGAGAAGCACCCGUUGUACAGGAAAAUGAAAUUGCGUUAUCCUGUGACAGAGGAACUGCUGGAACGUUACAGCAUGGAGAAAGAUCCUAGCUCAUUAUAUGAUGUCAAGAUGUACGUGGAACCCACUGAAAUAACACCUUCUGUGCCACUCAGAACUGUUAAAGCCUUGUAUGACUAUCAAGCUAAAAGAGAUGAUGAGCUGACUUUUUGCCGCGGAGCCUUAAUUCAUAAUGUCUCAAAAGAAAGCAGUGGCUGGUGGAAGGGAGAUUAUGGAUAUAAAGUUCAACACUAUUUCCCAUCCAAUUACGUUGAAGAUAUGACAUCUGAUAGCUUAGAAGAACUUGAGAACCAGAUAAUUGAGGACAAUCCUUUAGGGUCUUUGUGCAGAGGUAUUUUGGACCUCAAUAUGUAUAAUAUUGCAAAAAUGCCACAAGGAAAACAUGGGAGGAAUUUUGUCUUCAUUCUGGAACCCAAGAAUCCUGAAGAUCCUCCUGUUGAGUUUGCAACUGAGAAAGUAGAGGAGUUAUUUGAGUGGUAUCAGAGUGUCAGGGAAAUCACAUGGAGAACAGCUGAAGAGGCAACGAUCAGGGUAUACUGGGAGAAGAAGCAGUUAAUUGCCAUGGAGUUAUCUGACUUGGUAGUCUACUGCAUACCUACAAGCAAAACCAAGGAUAACCUGGAAAAUCCUGAUUUCAAAGAAAUUCGUUCUUUUGUGGAAACCAAGGCGGAAGCCAUUGUCAAGCAGAAGCCUGUUGACUUGCUAAAAUACAACCAGAAGGGACUGACACGUAUCUACCCCAAAGGACAGCGAGUGGACUCUUCAAAUUAUGACCCUUUUCGCUUCUGGUUUUGUGGGGCACAGAUGGUGGCUCUUAAUUUCCAGACCCCAGAUAAAUACAUGCAACUGAAUCAUGCCUUGUUUGCACUUAAUGGACGGACUGGAUAUGUACUCCAACCAGAAAGCAUGAGGAAUGAUGCGUAUGAUCCAGUGCCGAAUGAAUCCAAGAAGAAACUACAAAUGAUUCUGACCGUGAGGGUAAUUGGUGCUCGACAUCUUCCUAAAACCGGUAGGAGUAUCGCCUGUCCAUUUGUUGAAGUGGAGAUUUGUGGGGCUGAAUACGACAACAAUAAAUUCAAGACCACUGUAGUGAAUGAUAAUGGCCUUAAUCCAGUUUGGAUGUCCCAGGAGCAAGUGAAGUUUGAAAUUUAUGACCCAAACCUAGCGUUUCUACGCUUUGUUGUCUAUGAGGAAGACAUGUUUAGCGAUCCCAACUUCUUAGCAUAUGCCACUUUUCCUAUCAAAGGAGUCAAAUCAGGCUUUCGGUCAGUCCCUCUCAAAAAUGGAUAUAGCGAGGAUAUUGAGCUGGCGUCCCUUUUGGUUUAUUGUGAGAAGCAGCAAAUUCCAGAAGGUGAAGAAGAUCUCUAUUCGUCGUUUCGGCAACUGCGGCAACGGCAAGCUGAGCUGAACAAUCAGUUGUAUGACACCCGACGAAAUUUAAGGAAUCCAAACCGAGAUGCUUUAUUGAAAGAGUUCAACACGAAUGAGGGUCAGCUGCAAGUGUAUCAAGAGACUUGCAACAGGAGACUGAAGGAGAAAAGGGUCAGCAACAGCAAAUUCUACUCCUAGAGCAAUAGGUUUCUUUCGGUACGUUCCUUAUAGUCCCCUGGUAAGAGACAUUGACUUAAUUCUGGAAGUCUUUUUAAGUGAGAUUCUGUGGUCUGAAAUUGCUAGGAAAGGAAACUGUUUAGAUGUAUGGUUUUUGGAUUUAUGAGAGGAAAAUACCCAAACACUUUUGUAUGCUAUAUUAAGUAACAGUAUAUGAUGCAUGGGGUUUGCUUAGCAGUUGUGUGAGUCCAGCUUGCUUUACAAAGUGUAAAUCAGUUAUGAAACCUCAGAUACAUGUGGGAUGAUGCAUGGCCCUUGUGUGUGGCACAUUGGCCACAGUAGUCAAGUAUUUUUAAGCUCUUCCAAGGUCCUUUGUUUCUAUUCACCCUUCCCUUACUUAUUUUGCUAGGGAGAGCCAUAUGGGAAGAGAAGAUGUCUUUCCAUACGCUUCAAUGAAAUUGCCUUUGAAACUCCAUCAUAACUGAAAGCCUAGCUUGAGAGGUUAAACCCUCAGAUGUACCAUGGACCAUGCAGGGCUCAUUCGGCACAAUACUGUACUUUGAAGAAUGUCAGGUUUUGAAGGAAAAAACACAACUUUUUUAUCUGUGUUAGAAAUGUUGUUGUAAAAUCCCUGUUCGAUUUUUAUGGGGCUGUUAUCUUUUUUAAUUUAUUUUGAAACAUAUGUGUACAGCAAUGGGGAAUGUGUGUGUGUGUGUGUGUGUAUCUAUGAAGGCUGACCGGCACUAAAUUUACGCAAAUUUGUACAAUUUUAAAAACAGAUUAAAAAGUGCCUAACUAUUAUAAAUGAAAGUCUGUUUUCGUAUCUUUCAAGAUGUUGCAACGGAUAAGUUCCUUGCAGCUGUGGUAGUUGUUACACUUGUCACAAGGAAUACUUCAUUUAUGUAUAUAAUGUAAAACGGAGCGGCUUGCCGGAUA